ACCUGGCCGUGAAUGAACAAAAGGAGAAAAUUACAGAAAAAGGCAUUCUUUCUCUGACGGCGAAAGAACACCAUAAGGCACAAGAAGAAGUGAGCAGGCUGAUUGACGAACUGCAGACAGCUCUCAAAAGCAACAGAGGUCAUCUCUCUAAACUUGGCCCCCAAUUACAGGCUGAACAGGAGCAAUUCUCCUCUUAUGUCUACCAACACAUUAAAAGCCUUCCAGCGAACAUUCGUACCCCAGGAGGCCUACGGCUCCAGGUAUUGGAAGCUGGUAAAGACACUGGAGAGACCUCUGUUCAUAUCAGUGAAAAAGAGCUGAGGUCUAACAGCCCAGCCCAAACCGGUGAUAUGAUGGAAAGAUUACUUCUCAAGAUUCAUCAAAGGCUUCAAGGUUCUUCCACCAACCCACCAGGCCUCAGUGUUUCUGCAGCCCGGCUGUUCGAUGAACACGGUCAAGAAAUUAAGAAUCCACUUUUGCUGAAGAAUGGGCAAAAAAUUUGGUUCUCCUCUGGUAAAGCAUACAGAUUGCCCCUAUACCCUGUAUUGGGUUUGACCUUUGACAGGGUGGCUGCAUUUUCCAGAGAUGGUGUUACAAUUGCAUAUAAGACCUUUUUGGACCCUAAUGCUGCUCUCCUACCUGCAUGCGACAGUUGGGAAAUUUCUGAGGGAUUUUCAAUUAAUUUCAACUGCACCAGUCAACAGAUACCUGAUCAAUAUGAAAAAGUGGAUUUGGAGAACCAUUUCCUACAGAGCAAGGUUGAUCCCAGUGUUGUCCUCCAUGCCUCGGUUUCUGUUGGAAAGCUGACUUCCUCAGGAAGUGAAGUGAAAAGUGGGACUCGUGUAGCACCACCCACUCUGUGGCCUGCAGCCAGUGUGUGGCUGAUCACAAAGACGGGAGUGAUCCUGAGCCGAGCGGUAACCCAGGGCUGCCUAGCUGUUGGCCAUCCAAUCAGAGUCAAGGCCGCUGCGGGACCGUCACUAGAAGGCUAUCGGUUAAUCCUCCAGAGGAGACAUAUAGGAGAUGAAUCUCAGAAAUGGGUGUUUGGAACUGAUGGCUGUAUUUAUUCUAAGGCUUACCCUUGGUUCGUUCUGACCUACCUAGAGGAGCUAAAUGCACAAGUGGAUGUGACCCAGAGAGAGUGUCACAGUCACCACAGUGCCUGGACCACAGCUCAUCAGGAACGUGGCAGAAACGUAACAGAAGAGGUUCUGCAAAAAAGUGCCAGCAACUCUGGUCUGAAGCAACUGCCAGAACCCUCAGACACUCAUAUAACGCCGGAAGGUUCUCUUGAGGAGACAGGGCAGCUGACAGUGGCACUGGUGAGGAAACUGGAAGAGAAACAUCCCAAGGCUUCUGCUCAGAGGUGGGCCAUCAAACAUGAGGGAACCAGGAAGCCUGGCCAAUGGAAACAUUCCAGAGUUGACAAUCCCCUGUGGAACAAGCUUACCUACACGUGGCCAGUCCUGCCCAGCGGCCAGCUCAACCAGGAGUUUGACUGGCCUAUGGAAGGACUGCUCGUCCGGAACAGCCCUCCCCUGAAGAAGCCCGCCCGUGAGCCGCCACAGCGCGUCCGGGUCCCCGUGAGACUCCGCGUGGUGCGGAACGGCGACCUGAAGGGAAACACGGCCCUGGUUGUGACUGGCCUCGAAGUGCCGUCGGCUGGGAACAUGCAAAAUGUUAACACUGAGAGGAGAGAGAAGAUCUGUGUCUCUAAAUGCUGUGAGACAGAAAGGAGCCAAUCUGAAUUUCACCAACUUUUGGAAAGGUGCACUGAAGUUUUAAAUUUACCUACUGCAGCUCAGAGAUUGUUCAGUGAGAGGGGGAAGGAAAUCUUUUCCCUGGAAGACCUGCAAAGAGAGGAGCUGGUGUAUGUUUCCUGUGGGGAGCACUGGGUCAGUCCUGAGCAGUCCGUCGUUCAGCAACAGAAGCAGCUGUUCCUGCGGCACCUGGCCUCGGACGUUGGCAAGAUCCAGGCCUUCUGCAGCGCCCGGAAGCUUGAGGGUCUUGUUUUGGAAGUCCAAGGUGACAUUGUUUCUGGAGCAAAGCUUGCUGUGCAUAAACUUAGAGCCGUUUUUGGAGAGGAGAAGCAAAUUAUAGAAGCAGAGGAAAAGCAAAUGCAAAAAAGUGCUUUAACAACAGAAAAUGCUUCCAGUGAAAUUCGCCUUUCACUGAAGUGUAACAAAUUGCAAAAGCUUGGCCGUCAGCAAUUUGAAUACAGAGAUGGGCAGAUUAUCAGCCAUGCUGUUCCUCAGCUGGUCUUGGGGGUACAAGGCCCCAUCCUCCGCUCGGGCGUGGAGGUGGUUCUGGUGGAGAGGAGCUCUGACGGCAGUCACCAGCACUGGGUGCACCGGGACGACAGCAGGACCUUCCACCUGGUGAGCAGCCCAGACCUCGUGCUGGCGGUGUCUCUGACCAAGACUGAAGAGGGCGUCUGUGGCUGCCCCGUUAUCGUUCAGAAAUAUAAGCCUUACACCAAUGGGACUGCCAAUCAGAAGUGGUGUUACAUGGAAAAAAACAAGGUGUUCAUGGCCUUUUGUAGCACUGUCCUGGAUAAGGAAAUCACAUCAGCAAAUUACGCUGGCGUUUGUACGUCUUCUGUGAUUAAAGAAGGAAGCGUUGAUCAACCAGGAUACUAUUACCUCUCACCUGAUGGAAAGAGAAAGACUAUGCUCUGCUCAGCUUGCGGACGGUCCAUGAGAGCGGAGAGGGAACUGAAGCAGAUGCUUCCAGGGGUUCCUUUCCUCUGUGCAUCAGGCUCCACCACCCAGCUCUUCUCACGAGGGCCUUUCAAGGUCAUCCGUGUGGCCAAGGCUGAUUUAUCAUCUCACGACAAAGCUGAAAAAACCCUAAGCCACUACAAAGAACGUCUGCUGUCUCUCCGGAUGGAGACCUGCCUGCACGCUGUGCCUCACUGGGCUCCGGCCGCUGCUCGCCAGAAGGCAGUGAAAGUAAUCGCACACAAAAACGGGGCUGGCUUUGGUGAUGGGAAGUUCAUCGUGGCCCGAACAUUCCCCAUGCUUCUUACAGAGUGCACAGAACAACUCGGGCUGGCCAGAGCGGCCUCCACAGUGUACACGAGAGAUGGGACCGCAGUCCAUUCCUUGCGUGAUUUGGUUCUAUGGGCUCUGGAGGAGUCCUGUAUCCAGACUGAUGCUGAGGGACAGAGGACAGAGGCAGCUCCUGCUGGAAGAGAAGAGAGAACUGUGCAAAAAAACCUGAGGAUAAAAGUGGAAAGCAAGUUCCUUCCAGACUCCGUGGGGCCGGAUAGUUUGGAUGGUAUAGAUAAGUCUUUGCUCGCCCUCGUCCUCAGAAAUCCUGUUGCCAUCUGGGUAUCUUGCGGUGAACCAUUUCUUCCUCCAAAUGCUCUACAGAAAGAAGCAAAGACAGAGAAACAGAACUGGCUAAAAAAGGACAAAAUUUUGGCUGAUUUAGGUACCAUGAAACACAAACUGAGACAGUUAAAAGGGCGGCGGGUGGCAGCAUGUCAGCCGCCCACCAUGGUUCCCACCCAGAACCCUGUGCAGCCAGUGCUGGUCGAAGGAGGCUGGACUGAGCAGACUCAAGAGGAAAUCGAACUCGUGGAACUUAUAAGACACACAGAGGCCUGUCUUUCUGAAGUCCAAGAACUGCAGUCCAGAAGAAGCCCUCCAACUGUAGCUGAACGCAUCACAGCCAAGCCAAGCAGCCUAUGCAAGCAGCCCAGCUCGAAACGCGUGUGGGCGUACCCAAACGGAGGCAGGCCUGAAGAUGGCACUUAUGCCUGGGGUAGAAACAUUUUGGAGCUGCUCGAGGACUGCACCCACCGUCUCCAGAUGGCCCAGCCCGCCAGAGCCCUGCACACCCCAGACGGAGAGCUGGUCCAGUCGUGGGACGACAUCGGGCGGGAUACGGUCAUCUGUGUGUCACCAGGGUCCACCUUCAUAACCUGGAAAGAGUCAAAACAACUGGUGAAGGUCAGAGCCAAUUAUGCCAGAGCAAGAAGGCAGCAGGGCCCUCAGGCCACAGACGUCGUGCUGUCCCCAUCCGCGAAGCUGCUGUCCCUGGCACAGCUGCAGAACUCCCCGGACAGGGCCGCUUACUGCGUGCUGCAUUUCUCUGCAGCCCAGUGAGCCUACCAUGUGCUCACUGCGACAGUGACUACUUCACCUUUCAGUCGCGUGCGGUCUAGACCUUUGUUUGAAGACCUUUGGCAUUUUAUAUAAAGGGGGUCGGAUGCCUCCAAUCUGUUCUGGGAAAACAGUAGACUUAGACACUACAAUGCUGGUAAGGUAACUACCCAGUAUGUCUUCUAGAGACAACGUGGAGACUACGAGUUUUUAUUUAAAUGUAGGUUAUCAGAGGCAGUGUAUACGUAAUGUGUGUGUAUAUUGCAUGCGAUAUUUGAUAGGCAGCUGCCACCUAACACUGAGACUGACAUUCGCUGAUUUAGAUGCCGUGUUUUCCAAACCUCCAUGUUAAAAUCCUACAUUGACUGAAUAAAAGGAACUGGUAGUGGCCACCGAAGGCCACUUGGCCCCACCUUC